CCUCCUCCUCGAACACCGGGGGCGUGGAAGUUCGAACUUGAUUCUGAACGUUUAAACACUCGACUUUAUUGUACUGAUUUUCUUUUCAAGCAGUUGAAAGGCUAAGGGUACAAGAUGACUACCUACAUGGACAGAGGUGAAAAGCACGACCAUGGCAAGUUCGUCUGUUUCGACCACAUCACAUUCUGGGUUGGAAAUGCCAAACAGGCAGCAUCUUACUAUUGUAACAAGCUUGGAUUUGAACCGUUGGCCUACCAGGGUUUAGAGACAGGCUGCCGUGAUGUGGUGUCCCAUGUGGUCAAACAAGACAAGAUUAUUUAUGUAUUCGCGUCCGCCCUCAAUCCUGGAAACAAAGAAAUGGGGGAGCAUUUGGUCAAACAUGGGGAUGGAGCCAAGGACAUUGCAUUCACUGUGGAGAACUGUGAUUACCUUGUGCAGAAAGCCAGAGAGCGUGGUGCCAUCAUAGUGAAAGAGCCGUAUGUACUGGAGGACAAAUAUGGCAGAGUAAAGCUGGCUGUUCUCCAGACGUAUGGGGACACCACACACACAUUUGUGGAGAGGAUGGCGUACAACGGGCUGUUCCUCCCAGGGUUCCAUCCUCCUCUCCACCGGGACCCCUUGUUGGCCAAGCUACCCAGUGGAUUACUGAACUUCAUUGACCAUGUUGUGGGGAACCAGCCAGAUGAUGAGAUGGUGCCUGUAGUGGAAUGGUACCAGAAUAACCUGCUCUUCCACCGGUUCUGGUCAGUAGACGACAAGCAGCUGCAGACAGACUUCAGUGCACUGCGCUCCAUCGUUGUGGCCAAUUAUGAAGAGACAGUGAAGAUGCCCAUUAAUGAGCCAGCCAUGGGUAAACGCAAGUCCCAGAUCCAGGAGUAUGUGGAGUACUACGGUGGCCCAGGUGUCCAGCACAUCGCCAUGAACACAUCAGACAUCAUCACCGCAAUCCGUAACCUGAAGGAGCGUGGCAUGGAGUUUAUGUGUGUGCCAGACUCCUACUACCAGCUGCUGAGAAAGAAUCUCCAACAAUCCCAAGUCAGGAUCAGUGAGGACCUGGACAUUCUGGAGGAGCUGAAGAUCUUAGUGGAUUUUGAUGACAAUGGCUACCUACUCCAGAUCUUCACCAAGCCUGUUCAGGACCGUCCCACGGUGUUCCUGGAGGUCAUUCAAAGACACAACCAUCAGGGCUUUGGUGCAGGCAACUUCAAGGCUCUUUUCGAGGCCAUCGAGGCAGACCAGAACGCUAGAGGGAACUUGACUAUCCUGACCCCUAAUGGAGUGUCUAACCAAAUUUGAAGUACCCCUCUGAUUUACACGAUUGAUAUAAUGUCCAUCAUCUCUGAAGAUUACAUUUAAUUUAGAAAUAUUGCAAAUCAUUUGUUCAACAAUUUAUAUCUGAGGUGAACCAGAAUCUAGUUGAAUGACUGAUGGAUAAAUUGCUGCUCUGUGCACACACAAAUUGAAAUUAUGAUUGACAUGCCUUGUGGAGUCAAACGUAGGAAUGAUUGUUAAUUAUUUGAAUAAUUUAGUGACACUAAAAGACCAUAAAAAAUAUAUUUUACUUGAUGCCAAUUUUAAAUACAGUGCCUUCAGAAAGUAUUCAUAACCCUUGACU